AUGCCAAUUGACCAGGCCAAACUUGCCAAACUUCAGAAACUUUCCUCCACGAGGAAAGUCGGUGGGACGAGACGGAAGCAGACGAAGAAAGUCGGUGAGCCGGUCGUGGACGCCAAGUUAUCCGAACAUCUUUUGAAACUUGACGCCGUGCCAUUGCAGGGGAUUGAGGAGGCCAACUUGUUUUUCGAGAACGGGAAUGUGCUAAACUUCCAGCCGGUGGAGAAAGUCGAAUGUGCGGCAGACUACAACGUCUCUAUGAUCCAUGGGAAGCCAAGCACCAAAAAAUUGGACGAUAUCUUGCAAGAAGUUGUCCCACAGCUGGGACCAGAGGCAUAUUUCGCGUUGAACCAACUGGAUGUCAAAAUCAAAGAGUUUGAAGAGGAGAAGAAGAACAACAACAAGAAAGUUACCGAACUGUGA